ACAUUUUUCUUUUCGUUCUUUGGGUCGGUCAUUGAAUCAUUCAUUCUUAUAACUAUCGACCAUUUUCCCGUCAGACUAAUUCGUCCCCUUUCCCUUCCCCCCCUCCAACACCCCCCGCCAUUCCCUCCUUAUCCUUUUUUUUCCCGCUUGUCCGUCCUUCUUUUCACCCCCAUGGAGUAGAUCGUUCCUCGUCCGCCAAGCUUCUCUGUCUUUAGCGUGGAACCCCGCUCAUACCUCGGACGCUUUGGAGGCCAGACGGGAAAUAUCUCCUCGGGCGCAGAACAUCAUGUCCCACCCGGGAAAGGAGCCGUUCAAGGCUGCCGACGAUCCUGCUAUCCUUCCGACGGCCCCGACGGCUGCUGUCGAACGAACCAAGUCAAGCAAUCACUCCUCCACCUCUAGUGCAACUAUCGCCCCGGCAGAGGCCAAGACAGCGACAUCCGAUCCCUCGUCCGCCGAGAAUCUCGCCGGCGACGACGAUUCGGAUCCCCUAUAUUCCCACCUUGCCCCUCAUGAAAGGCAGGUCCUGAAGAAACAGCUGGAUGUAGACGAGACCAAUGUGUCGUUCUUCGGCCUCUACCGCUAUGCGUCCCGCAUGGAUAUCCUCGUUUUGGUGGUGAGCGCCAUCUGCGCCAUCGCGGCCGGGGCUGCAUUGCCCUUGUUUACGAUCCUGUUUGGCUCUCUGGCCUCCGCAAUGCGGAAUAUCGUUCUAGGCACCAUCGAAUAUUCCGAGUUCUACGACAAACUGACCACCAACGUCCUGUAUUUCGUGUACCUGGGUAUCGCGGAAUUUGUCACCGUCUAUAUCAGUACCGUGGGCUUCAUCUACGCCGGCGAACAUGUCACCCAGAAGAUUCGCGAGCACUACCUCGAGUCGAUCCUGCGCCAGAACAUGGCGUACUUUGACAAACUGGGGGCCGGUGAAGUGACCACUCGCAUCACCGCCGACACCAACCUCAUCCAGGAUGGGGUCUCCGAGAAAGUUGGACUCACUCUAACCGCCCUCUCGACUUUCGUCACUGCGUUCAUCGUGGCCUACGUCAAAUACUGGAAGCUUGCCCUCAUCUGCACGUCCACCAUCGUCGCGCUUGUGCUGAUCAUGGGAGGAGGCUCGCGGUUCAUCGUCAAGUACAGCAAGCAAUCGCUGCAAAGCUACGGCGCCGGUGGAACGGUGGCGGAGGAGGUGAUCAGCUCGAUCCGCAACGCCACGGCAUUCGGCACUCAGGAUAAACUCGCCAAGCAGUACGAGGUUCAUUUGGCCGAAGCCGAGAAGUGGGGAAGGAAGCAACAUAUUAUUUUGGGCGUCAUGAUCGGGGCGAUGUUUGGCAUCAUGUUCUCCAAUUACGGCCUAGGUUUCUGGAUGGGGUCUCGCUUCCUCGUCAAUGGAGAGGUGGACGUUGGUCAGGUUCUGACCGUGCUGAUGGCCAUCUUGAUUGGCUCCUUCAGUCUGGGUAACGUCAGUCCCAACAGCCAGGCGUUCACAAACGCCGUGGCUGCGGCGGCAAAGAUCUUCAGCACAAUCGAUCGUCCGUCGCCGCUCGAUCCGUAUUCGGAAGAGGGCGCCACGGUAGAAAACCUCCAAGGAAACAUCGAGUUUCGCAAUGUCAAGCACAUCUAUCCCUCGCGACCAGAGGUGACUAUCAUGGAUGGUGUCUCCCUGAAGAUGCCUGCAGGAAAGACGACGGCGCUGGUUGGCCCUUCGGGCUCCGGGAAGAGUACCGUGGUCGGACUGGUCGAGCGUUUCUAUCUCCCCGUCGGAGGCACCGUGCUGCUGGAUGGACAUGAGAUUCAGGAUCUUAACCUUCGUUGGCUGCGCCAGCAGAUCUCCUUGGUGAGCCAAGAGCCCAUCCUCUUCGGCACUACGAUCUACCAGAACAUCCGCUAUGGUCUCAUCGGCACCAAGUUCGAGCGUGAGUCCGAGGACAGAAUUCGCGAGCUCAUCGAGAACGCGGCAAAAAUGGCCAACGCCCAUGAUUUCGUCACGGCUUUGCCCGAGGGGUACGAAACUAACGUGGGUCAGCGUGGAUUCUUGCUCUCUGGAGGCCAGAAACAGCGUAUUGCCAUUGCCCGCGCCAUUGUCAGUGACCCCAAGAUCCUCUUGCUGGACGAAGCAACUUCUGCAUUGGAUACGAAAUCCGAAGGCGUUGUCCAAGCCGCUCUUGACAAGGCCGCCGAGGGUCGCACCACUAUUGUGAUCGCGCAUCGUCUAUCGACAAUCAAGGCGGCACACAACAUCGUGGUCUUGGUCGAUGGCCGGAUUGUCGAACAGGGAACGCACGAUCAGCUAGUGGAUGGCAAGGGCACAUACCAUAGCCUCGUGGAGGCGCAGCGCAUCAACGAAGAAAAAGACGCGGAAGCGUUGGAAACUGAUGAUGAGUUGGAGGAGGAUAUCCUACCCAAGCCGGACAUCGCCCGCAUCAAGACCGUCGCCAGUGGCUCAGCAUCCCUCGACGCCGAAGAUGAGAAGACACGCCUGGAAUUUGGGCGCUCGGGUACGCACAAGUCAGUCUCCAGUGCCGUCCUUUCCAAGCGAACCCCAGAGAUAGGCAAGAAAUACUCGCUCUGGACCUUGGUCACGUUCAUCUUCUCCUUUAACCGGCCGGAGAUUCUCUAUAUGCUCAUUGGUUUCUUUUUCUCGUUUCUUGCGGGCGGCGGCCAACCGACCCAGGCAGUCCUGUAUGCCAAGGCGAUCAGCUCGCUCUCGUACGGCUCCAAUAUGGCUAGUCAGAUUCGAAGCGAUGCAAACUUCUGGUCCCUGAUGUUCUUCGUCGUUGGAAUUGUCCAGUUCAUCAACCUCUCCAUCAACGGAGCUGCCUUUGCUGUGUGCUCGGAGGCUCUCAUCCGUCGUGCGCGCAGCGAGGCUUUUCGAUCAAUUCUCCGUCAAGACAUCACAUUCUUUGAUCGAGAGGAAAACAGUACUGGUGCCUUGACCUCUUUCCUCUCGACCGAGACGAAGCAUCUCUCCGGAGUCAGCGGUGUAACCCUAGGAACAAUCAUCAUGACCUCUACGACCCUGGGCGCCGCCAUUAUCAUCUCCCUCUCGAUUGGAUGGAAGCUGGCUUUGGUUUGCAUCUCCGUGGUUCCGAUCCUACUCGGUUGUGGAUUCUAUCGAUUUUACAUGCUUGCUCAGUUCCAACAGCGUUCUAAGACCGCCUACGAAGGGUCCGCGAGCUAUGCUUGUGAGGCAACAUCGGCUAUCCGCACUGUGGCCUCGCUCACCCGCGAACAAGAUGUCUGGGACGUGUACCACGCCCAACUCGAUGCGCAGGGAAGGACUAGUCUGAUUUCAGUGCUGAAGUCUUCGAUCCUGUAUGCCUGCUCGCAGGCUCUCGUCUUCUUCUGCGUUGCCCUCGGAUUCUGGUACGGCGGCACACUUUUAGGCCACCACGAAUACUCGAUUUUCCGGUUCUUUGUCUGUUUCUCCGAGAUUCUUUUUGGUGCCCAAUCUGCCGGAACGGUCUUCUCUUUCUCGCCGGACAUGGGCAAGGCGAAGAAUGCCGCGGCGCAGUUCAAGCAACUGUUUGAUCGAAAGCCCAGCAUCGACAUCUGGUCGGAGGACGGUAUCAAAUUAGAUUCUGUCGACGGUGAAAUCGAGUUCCGUGACGUGCACUUCAGGUAUCCUACUCGCCCCGAGCAACCCGUUCUUCGGGGGUUGAAUCUCAGCGUCAAGCCCGGGCAGUACAUUGCUCUUGUCGGGCCGAGUGGUUGCGGCAAAAGUACGACCAUCGCUCUUCUGGAGCGCUUUUAUGAUGCCCUUGCUGGGAAUGUCUUCGUGGAUGGGAAGGACAUUACUGAGCUUAAUGUCAAUUCGUAUCGCAAUUUCCUGUCGCUGGUCAGCCAGGAGCCAACGCUGUAUCAGGGGACCGUCAAGGACAACAUCCUAUUGGGAGUCGACCGGGACGAAAUGUCUGAAGAAGCCAUCGUGAAGGCGUGCAAGGACGCCAAUAUUUAUGACUUCAUCAUGUCUCUACCUGAGGGAUUUAAUACUGUGGUUGGCAGCAAAGGAGGCAUGCUGUCUGGUGGCCAGAAACAGCGAGUGGCCAUUGCGCGAGCUCUGCUUCGGGACCCCAAGAUCCUGCUUCUCGACGAAGCUACAUCGGCUCUGGAUUCGGAAUCGGAGAAGGUCGUCCAGGCCGCUCUGGAUGCCGCUGCUCGCGGCCGAACGACGAUUGCCGUGGCGCAUCGACUCAGUACGAUCCAGAAAGCCGAUAUCAUCUACGUGUUUGAUCAAGGGAAGAUCGUCGAAAGUGGAAACCACCAGGAAUUGAUCCGCAACAAGGGUCGUUACUACGAACUGGUCAAUCUCCAGAGCCUGGGCAAGACCCAGUGAACCCAUACAUAAUUCAUAAUCUCCUGCACAUAUCUAAUAUCGAUAAUACCUCUCCUCCGUUCACUCCUAUCGCACCGAUCUAACCUCUCCAUGAUGUGCUACGACCUGUGCUGUUGGAAUGGCAGACCCGGUUCUCAGCCCUUGUCUUUUCCUCGUUAUCUCCCCAAUCUUCUGUCUUAUUCUACGAAUAGAUCAUAAUGAAGCGUGCCCCGGCUGGUUUUUUGCCUUGCCUUGCUUUUUGUUUCGUUGGAAAAGUCCACAGUCAAAUAGAGUUCAUUUGCC